AUGGCUCCUGCUGUGUCUCGCCUUCUCGCCUUCGCGGGCGUUGAAGAGUUUGCCCGUCGCCACCGCGGUGGCACGGAAGCUGAAUUCCUCGGAAAUCAGAAGUUGGUUGAGGAGACCAACAAGCGGAACCUCCAGUUCCAAUCCUGGUUCGUUUCGACGACCAGGAAGACAAGCAAGCGCGUCGAGUACCUCGUCGUGGUCCGUCCUGGCCAGGGCGGCGAGGGCUCGAUACCGCAACUGGGGGAGCCCGCGAAGCUCCGAGUCGCCUUGGGCGACGAUAACUUCACCCGUUUCUGGGACGCUCGUCGUCUCGAGACCCCGGCCACCGCUCUCCGAGCUGCCGCCAACCCCUCCGAGAAACUCACCUAUUUCAAGGUGACUUCGCCGAUCGCCGACGCCCACCAGGGUGUUCGGACCCUCCUCGACUUUCCGGCCGCCGAGGCCGAUGACAACACCGACGACACCGCCGACACCACCUCUUGCGACCGCGAGGUCGCCCUCACCAAUGAGAACUCGGUUCUCGUCAACUUCCUCCUCGUCGCCUCCGAGGCGACCAAGAACUCCGAACUCGGCGCGCUCGACCAUUUGUGGGGCCGCUUCGCCAACGCCAGCGAGCAGCAGACGCUCGCUUUCAAGUAUUUCGUCACGUUGCGUGACCCGGAGUUCUUUGUCGACCUCCACCAGCAGAUCCCGCACCUGAAAGGUGCCAUGGAUGAUCCGACCUGGCCCGGAUCUCCAUUGGAAAAGAAGUUUGCGCGGCUCAACCCGCAGCAGAAGGCCGCCUACCUAGAGGGGUUUCGCCGCCUCGAGUGUGGCAUUUGCAUUCUCCCUGGUGGCCCCGGAGCGGGUAAAACCCACUUCAACAUUUUCACGAUCGCCAUGGCGCAGUCUCAACCACUGCCCAGACCGGUCAUGAUCAAGGGGAAGCCCACCAGGCGCUAUGCCAAGGUUCUCUUCAUCGUCGACAUGAACGCCCCAGUCGACGACGUGGCCAACCGCAUGGUUGCCACCUACAAGGAGCUCGGCAUGAACAAGGUUUGCAUCCGCAUGAAGGGGUGGGGUUCCGAGAUUUCUUCCAGCGACAGGCUGAACUCAGUGGAGGACGCGGGUUCCGGUGACGUGGUGCCGGUCGACUUCAGCAAGGGCUUUCUCGAGACGGCCAAGCUCAUGGGGACUGACGACCCCCGACGCACCUGCCAAGCGCUCACUCUCGACGAGGCGGCGUGGGAGCACUACGACAAGUUCAAGAGCACUCAGUACGAGGGCUUGACUGAAUACCUCAACACCGACCUCUGGGAAGAGGCUGAGAUUGUCCCCUUCCGUUUCCGGUGCCUGCUCUAUCACCUUUACCGCGACACGCUCGAAAAUGCCGACUUCAUCGCCACCACUCCGGUUGCUGCCAGCAACCACUUCAAGGGCAUGUUCAAGCCCGACCUGGUGUACUUUGACGAAGCGCCUCACGCUCGCGAACUCACCAACCUUAUCGCGAUCGCCAACUUUGAGCCCAUCGCGUACAUUUUCUGCGGCGAUCAUCGCCAAACUAUCCCUUUCGUCGGAUCUGCUGGGGAUGAUGAUGAGAACCCGUUCAAGCAGCAGAUGCAGACCUCGAUGAUGGAGCGCGCCGCUGCUGCCGGCGUCAUUCAUUACGAACUUCUCAUGAACCAUCGCGCCUUUGGCGGCUUGGAGCAACUCGCUUCCGUCAUGUGGUACGACGGCAAGAUGAUCAGUGGCAACGAGAGCACCCCGGCCUCCGUCACGCACAUGCUGAGCUAUCUCGGCCAGUUCAAGGACGGAAAACCCUGCACCACCCCGCGCCUUCUCGUCCACUUGAAGAACUGUGGUCCCGAGAGCCGCGACGGCACUUCCGCCUGGAACCCUAGUCACAUGACUUGGGUCAUGGAGCGCAUCAACGAGUUGCUCCUCGACCACGAGUUUAAGCAUGCAGAGCGCGACCAACCAGGCACCAUCCUCGUCAUCUCUCCGUACAAGAAAGCCUUCCAUGAGUACAAGAAGGAAAUCAAGAAGCUUCCCGCUUGGGCCCAGAAGCGCGUCGAGACGCGUACCGUCGACGUCGUCCAAGGCCAUGAAGCCGAUUUCGUGUUCCUCGACUUGGUCAAAGACAGAUCGACCAAGUUCCUCGACAAUCCUAACCGGCUUUGCGUUGCUCUGACCCGCGCCCGAAUUGGCGAAAUUGUCAUGAUGCACCCCAACAUGGUUCAUUCUGCCACGUUCAAGCGGAACUCUGAGAACCUGCGCCCGAUCCAUGAGCUGUGCAGCAAGGCCGGCCAAGUCGUUCAUGUCGACCCUGCUACUUCUUCUCGCGUCGCGCUUCCACUAGUGACGCCC